CAGCAACGAUCCAUUGGUCUUCACUAGUAGUUCUGCAGCAGGUAUCUGCACUCCUGGGCUUCAGCACACAUCAGGGUGGUUCACGUGUUUCCUGCUGUUAUGAAAGAGAUUGGAGAGGACUAAGCUUGGAAUUGCCUGUCCCACAGCAAGAGGCUAUGGAGCUGGGCCACCGAGCAGGUACAACCACUUUGACCGGGGCCCAUCUGAAUGACAAGGAGGGCCAGCAGGACUUGGACCCCUGGAAAGCCGCCUACAGUUCCUUGGACACCUCCAAGUUCAAGAACCAGGGUCUGUCAUCCCCACAGCCCCUGCCCCAGGGAGCCAGCGCUCAAGGCAGCUCCCUAGGGCAGUGCCACUUGAAGGAGAUUCCCCCUCCGCCCCCGACUGCUGCCAGCAGGGAUUCUCUGGGGAUGGACCCACAGUCCAGGUCCCUGAAGAAUGGGGGCUCUCGAUCCUCCUCGAGAGAGAACAGGGCCAUCUUGGGAGAGGGGGCUCAGCCAUGCCAGGGGACAGAUGACGGUCCCAGCUUGGGGGCCCAGGACCAGAGGAGCAUGUCCACGAACCAGAAGGGCAGCAUCAUUCCUAACAACAUUCGCCACAAGUUUGGGAGCAACGUGGUGGACCAGCUGGUCUCCGAGGAGCAGGCUCAAAGGGCUAUUGAUGAAGUCUUCGAGGGCCAGAAGAGGGCACGCUCAUGGCCCAGCAGGACCCAGAAUGCUGUGGAAAUCUCUUCCGUCUUCUCAGACUACUAUGAUCUUGGCUACAACAUGCGGUCAAACUUGUUUCAAGGGGCUGUGGAGGAGACAAAGAGCCUCAUGAAGGCUUCCUACACACCAGAGGUCAUUGAGAAAUCAGUGAGGGACUUAGAACACUGGCAUGGCAGGAAGACGGAUGAUCUGGGACGGUGGCACCAGAAAAAUGCUAUGAACCUGAACUUGCAGAAAGCACUGGAGGAGAAAUAUGGGGAAAACAGCAAAUCCAAGAGCUCAAAGUACUAGAUUUGACACAGUAAAGGUGUCUUCUACUCAAAUAAAGUGCUAACAAUAAGGAAA